CAGGCAAAAAUUCAACAUGGCAGAAGAGUUGCCCGUUUUGAACACUUUUACUCGCAUGUUUUUUUUCAUAGAGGAAAAUAAGACAAAAGGAGCCAAGAUUAGUUAAAUUCAUUUUGUAAGAGCUUUUAAUUUUACACUAGAAAAUCAUUUUGGUGACAAUUAUUUUUAAAUAAGCUUAAGCUUUGUAUUUCUAAGCUAUAAUGGCCGCGUUGUGACAGACUCUUCAGCUCUGUUAUUUUUGUUCGUUUGUUUAAAGUUUACUUUAAUUUUAUCCGUUUCAGUAGAUAAAGUUGAAAAGAAUGCAUUCAAGAGCUUAUUUAUUACUGGAGAAAGAGUGGUUUAAGCUUCAAAGGGAAGACCUUCCGUGGGUAAGUUGAUCGUGUGUGUAGGUAUCGGUGCAUUUCACUUAAUGUUGUCCCUUACUUAGAGCCAAUCCCCUAAAAGUAACGAAAGCUUUAUUUUGAAUCCCAAAAUUUUAAGCUGGAUUUCAUUGUUACCCUCUAAAUAUAUUCAUUAACUAAAAGUAAAGAUAUCUAUCCUACAACAAUAAACUAACCCAACACUUGUAAGAAAGCAAUAAGUAAUGUUCAUGUACUGUGAACUUAUAACUUGACUUUUGAACUGCUGGUCGUUACCCUGCAAGCAGAGUCUCCCGACUUAUCUAGGAAGAGCAAAGGAGACUCUGCUCGCAGGGUACUGGCCGUGGAAGGUGAGGUGGUUUACGGUCAAGUUAUCCAAUUAAAGUUUUAAAUAGCUUCCUGGCUUUAAAAACCCAUAUGGGUUUUAGCCAGGAAACUAUAUGUGUAAGUAUAACUUUGAGCGACUUGACCUUAAACCACCUUAACUCCCAAGGCCAGUGGUUCAAAAGUCAAGUUUUUUUUUUUUUUUUUCAAAAACUGGGCAUCCACAGAACACUCAGAUGCCAACCUGGCCAUAAAUCCUUGGUCUGUGACAAGGCUGACGGACAGCAAAAUUAUUUGAAUGGAAGGGAAGUUAACCAGUGAUACAUAUGUAGUUUCUGAUAGCAUGCAACUAUCCCCUGAAGUGGGGGUGAAUAUUGAUGGCUAUGCCAAGAUGCAAAGCAUCAAGGUAUAUAUCCAGAACACUAACUGUAAGGGAUAUAUAUGCAGAUCAUCCUCAACCCCAUUCCAUAUACAAUAUUCUGACUCCAUGCAUAAGCUCUCUGUGCUCUUGUCCAUGUAAAUGGACCUCAUAGCACAUGUUCUUCUGUCCAGAGUCAAAACUCUUUACUUCAAGGGUGCCCUCUUAUCCUUCUUUGUCUCGUUUUGUGGAGCAUUGUGCUCUUUUGAAAUUAAGUUGUAGAACUAAAGAAAUAAAGCUUUUAAAGAAUUUUCAGGUACCAUACUUAAGGCACUUACUAGCAGCUGCUGAGAAAAUGUUGUUAAACAUUCACAGAUUUGAGAAAAAAAAAUUUCCGCAAAAUUGGCCAAUUUUUCUGCGAAUUUGUGCCUAAAAAUCCUGCGAAAUUUGACUUCAUCUUCCGCGACCUAUCAGAAGCCCUGAUUAUUGGUAUUUCAUUGUCAGUUAUGCCACUGCUUGAUCAGCACUGUUCUUUGAGUUAUUACAGUGUAGGUUUGGAGUCCUCUGAAUGACAGUUAUUUCCUUUGACAUUAUCAGGGGAUACAGGCAAGGCCUUUAAAUGAGGACAAUAUGUUUACUUGGGAAGGUACCAUAAAGGGUCCAAAGGACACAAUGUGGGAAGGUGAGUGGUGUGUGACAGUUUUGGGUUUGCUUUCAUUUCCAUCAGUCAUCAGUCAGAAAAAAUAAAAGCAUGAUUGAAAGAGUCAUAUGAAGUACAUACCCGGGGUGGUAUAAAUUUCAAAUAGUUGUGUGCUGCCCAGGGUCUUAAACCCUGACCUUAUUUAGGGAUGAGACAAAUUAAAGUUGGUACCCUUUACUCUUCCAAAAAAUGACACCCUCUUUGAGGAAAAAAAGCAAAAACUAACAAUUUAUUGGCAACACAUAAACCUUCAUAAAUUUGCUUUCCUAAUACACUUUUAAAGGGAUAGUUCAGUUUGAACAGAUGAAUUGUUUUUGUGUCUCUUGGCGUUAACACUGUAUGCACUUGAAUUUUACCUGAUACAAUUGUGUACUCUUGUAAGGAUCGCAUCGGGCACUAAAUGGCAACAAAGGCAUUAAUAAUACCCUGAUUAAGGAUCAAGACCCUUAAAAACCAUACCAUAUUGGACUUCUUGAUAGGGCUAAACUCCCUCACUGCAAAACUGAAGGCUGUAGGAGAUAGCAAUAAUAAUGUACAAAGUCAAGAAUAAUUUAUGCCUUAGUUAAUACAAUGUAUAUACAUCUAAUAAUAAUUUUAAACUUAAACAACCAAAGUUAUAACCUGAGAAAUUCAAACAAUUUUUGGAUUCCCAGUAUAAAUACAACCACCUGUAGGACACAAGUUUUUCACGCAAAUUUUCCUAAUUUGCAUGUAUUUUCUUGUGUAUCUUUGCAUGUAUAUUUUUUCACGAGUGUUUCACACAUGUUUUUCUCGUGGAAUUUGCGUGCAACAUGGCAGAUUUCCAUGCAUGAAACACACGUGUAAUGCUGCAAUACCCGUGGCCUGUACUGUACAUGUACAUUGCAUAUUGGUCCUGUAAUAUGAUCCAAACUAAGUAUGCGCAUAUUAAGAGUUCUGAAAGACUUGCUUCUUUUAAGAACCAGGUGAGAAAAGUGGACAUUGAGAACCUCCUAAGAACUGUCACCUGUGCAACUCUUAGAAUAAUGGGGUGGGCAGGGUUUCUGAGUUUGUGUGUGUGUGUUUUUUUGGGAUAGUUAAGUAACUACUAUCCGGUCAAAAAAACUUGGAGUACUUUCAGUUUUGGGGCAUGCACAUUCAGUUCCCUCAUCCCCAUGCAGUGUUGUUGAAAAACGUAGUUUUGGAAAGCUUGAGAGAUUUUCAACUUAGUGAAGGGGGAAGUGGGGGGAAUUGACUGAAUGUUCCAACUAAUUUUCCCGGGGUGGUAGGUGCCCACAAUCAGUUUACACUGUGUGUAAGCUAGGCAUUUUGACACUUAAAUAAAGUGGUAAUUAUUAUUUUAUUAUAUUGGGCAGACCAGGCUACAGGUAUCUAUAACCCACCCUUACAGGAAUUCGGUAUAUAAUUUAAAUUAUACUUUUAAAGACAAUUAAAAGUAUACUUUAUAAAUUUGUGCUUUAAAUAUACUUAAAGUAUAUUUGUAUGAGAGUGUCCCGCUGCCCUCCAGAGUACAUGUAAUGCCUCUGUGUCUGAUCUGUUUGACAGGUGGUGUUUUCAAGUUGUAUCUGCAGUUUAGUGAGCAUUAUAAUGGCCAGCCACCAGAAAUAUUCUUUCACACAAUCCCUUUCCAUCCAAAUGGUGAGCUAAUGUGUUUGUUUCUGAUGUUAAAAAACCAAAGCAGUGUUUUAUGCCUGGAAAUAAUUAUUUUAAUCCAGUAUCAUAAAGAUAAUAAUAAAUUAUUCAUGUUGUGAGGGUAAUUUAUUUUGUGCUUUUGAGUAUAAGUUCAUGCAGUGCUUCAACUGUGCAAAUUUAUAUAUUUGCUGGUACAUGCUUGUAUUGUUUACGGUAAAAGAAGUGUACAAUACAAGAAUUACAAAGAUCUUCCAAAAUGAAGAGACAUGUUUUCUGUUUUGUUAUAGUUACACGUAAAACAGUUUAGGAUAAACUUAAAAAGUACUCACAACUAAAACAGAAUGCUAGUCGGGUUCAUCUUGAUUCUUUCCAAAACACAGCAUUUUGACCUAUUUUUAUUUAUUCCCAUGAGUUUGCCACAAUUAUGGUGCACCUGUACUAAUGGGUGCCUCUUUUACAGCACACUCCCACCUCAACUAUCUGUUUGAAACAAUGUCCAUAGUAACACUUGUGACUCUGUAAGUCUUCAGUGCUGUUCUAUCAUUCAUAUCAGUCUUUUAAUUUUUAGUUGACCCAGACACAGGCCAGGUUUGUGCAGAUUUUUUGGAUGACUUGAGCUGUUGGAAAGAAUGUUACUCAAUUCCUCAUAUGCUACUCAGUCUCCAGGUAGGCAGACUUGAAUGUUAUUACUGCAGUUUGUUUUCUAAAGUGGGUAUAAAUUUCUAGCAUAACAUGUAAAUGCUGACAAAUUUUAUUAAUGUUGUGGGAGAAAAUUAAUAUCAAUGUUAAUCUGUAUUGGUGCUGAAAAUAAUGUUUAGCUUAGUUAGCAAAACAUACAUAUAAAACUAUUUUAGUUGUCCAUCUGGUCACAGUCUGUCUUUAUUUUGUUUCCACAAGAAAGUCACUUAAUGUUGCAUUACAAAUAAGGAUUCAGAUAUAAUAUUAUCGUAGUUACUAAAACAAGGAAUGACCUACAAUGAUCUACAAUGACCUACAAUGAUCUACAAUGACCUACCAUGAUCUACAAUGACCUACAAUGAUCUACAAUGAGCUACUAUAAGCUGCUAGGAGCUAAAAAAAUUAGCCCUACAAUGAGCUACAAAAUGACAGACAAUGAUGUUUGUCGUGUGUCACGCUUGGACGUGACACUGGGCUCAUGGUAUUAAAUUGCCAAGCACAUUUUGAAAAGGCAAAACAAAAAUAAAGCCUGAUCUCAGGUAACUUGAGAAACUUGAAAAUAAAUUAUUGCAAUCGUGUUUUUACCGGCAACACUGUUAUACCCUGUAUUGAUGGAAGUCAUCCUGCGUCUGCGUGAAUCCAGUGUAUUGUCACAUUACUGUUUAAUUUGUUUGAAAAAAAGACAACACAAAACACAACUAACAGGAAAGGUUGCAAGGGAUGGUUUGGACAAAAGUCACAGCACUGUGACAAUACACUGGAUUCACGCAGGCGCAGGAUGAAUAUAAGACGCGUCUUACAUAAGACGCGUCUUAAAUAAGACGCGUCUUAAAUAAGACGCGAACUUUCCGUAUAAAUGGCACAUUUCGUCUAAAAUAAGAUGCGGCUUAGCUAAGACGCGUCUUAUUAGACAAGACAUGCUUGUAUAAAUGGUACAGUUCGCGUCUUAUUUUUCCUCAUAUAAAUGGCCCUAUUAUGUUACAGGUCAAAUCUAAACUCAGGUUAAAAUUUUUCAACCUAAUUUGACUCUAAAUUUCCUUUGUCUCCUCUAGCCCUAAUUAUUAACGAAGUAGGGCUAGGAGACAAAGAAAAUUGAGAAUCAAACCUAGGGAAAAAAAUUUAAACCUGAAUUUAAUUUUGACCUGUAACAUAUACAUCUGAUUCUAGUAAAUUGUUCCCCUUAUUUACGUAUGUAAAUAUGAAUCUCCUAGCAAUGCCAUUGCUUUGAAAUCCAUAUGUACAUGUUAAAUAGUUUAUAUUUGCUCUUUAUAAAUGCACUGCACAGUAGAAAAAUCAGUGUGAUUGUGUCUAUCAUGGGAUACCUCAUUGCAUUGCAGAAAGAAAAACAAUGCACUGAAUAUUAAAAAGAUCUGUUUCAGCCUCCAUAGUGCCAAUCCAGCCUUGCAGGCCAAAGUCUGAUUCAGGCCCUCCUGGAGCCAUUUGAACACAAUUUAAGCCAAACAGCCCUAUCAAAAGCCUAUUCCAGCCCACGCUGCUGCCUAUUUCAGCCCUUGGGUCCAAAUCAGCUCCCUCCCUCAGGGAGCCAAAUGAGACUCAAAAAUAGGACUGUAUUUUAAGCACUGAAACGGCCCUAUUUUUAGGGCUAAAACAGAUCUUUCUGACUUACAAUGAUGAAUGUAAUGAUAAUAAUAUUGUUAUACUUGUACAAACAAUCGUAAAGUAGGUUGAUCACAUCCAUUUAUUAACUACCGUAUAUAAAAAGAGUUGGUCAUUUUGACUGGGUAAAAUGAAGCCAUUUGAAAAUCACCAUUUUAAUCGUAUUGUUAAUUUACUAAGGGAUCUGGUGUAUAGUAGUAGAAUUGGUGUAUAGUAGUAGAAGCUUGUUGCUUGUUUAUCUUACGCCAUACGUCAUAUGAAACCUUAACAAUGUAUAUUUUUAAAUGCAUUUCACGGUAUACUUUCAAUUCAACUUUGUUUCAGAUGCUUCUUCCAAACCCCGUUCUUGAGAAUGCUGUAAAUGCCAGUGCUGCACGUAUUUUUGCCUCGUCGCCCAGUGGAUUUAGACAGACAGUGUUGGACUGUGUUCUUGCCAGUAAGAGGCUGGAAGGUAAUACAUAAUUAAUUUAAGAUACAUUUUAGUAUAUGUAGAACUCUUUUGUAUGAUGUACAAUAUAUAUAACUAUAAUUAUAAGUGCAGACGAAUUGUUAGAAAAUAAAAGUGCAGCAGGGUGCAAAGAAAGUCAGUUUUAGCUUGCCAUUCGGGCUGUAGUAUGUACUAGCCCAAGAGUCUUUAACUAGCCCCCCCAAAAUUUUGAUAAGCAGCAUUGAUUACAGUUCUUCUGUAAUUUGAAUUUGCCACAAAAAUUCACUUGCCCUUUGGGCAUAGCCUGUGAACAGGCUCUCUGUUUUGGGAUAGGGUGGAAAAGUCGCGAGGAGAGAGAAGAAAAAGGGUGGUACCCUUCCCUUCUCUCUCCUGGCGAUUUUUUCACCCUUUCCCCAUACAGAAAGCCUGUUCACAGGCUAUUUGGGCGAGUUAAGAAUAGAAUUCACAAGCCCUAUUGCAAAAUCCAUGUGGAGUUUACAACAGAUUUCUCUCCUAGCACAUAUUCUUGAAUCUGAAUGCUGCCAGGUGCUAGCUAGCGCAAUUUCAGAGGCUUAUUUAAACAGAUCAAAUGAAACGCUGGGAUGGUGAGGCUAGUGAUUUGUGUUGUAUGAAAUAAAUAAUAUUUUGCCGGCAAGGAACGGCAACUGGGUUCGAGUUUUGCGCGGUUCUAGGGUAUUGUUACGAGGCCAUAGCAUAGGUUGGGGGUACACGGUCCCUUUUUUUUCCAGUAGUUGCUUUUUUCGUGUUUACGCGUCCGACUGUGGUGUUUUCAUAUUCACCAUAACGAUGCUAAUUCUACAUUUGAAAACUGUAUAGUUGGUUUGCGCGGUAUAAAUAAAUGUUAUUAUAAAUAAAAUAAUGUUAUUAUGAAAGUGUAUCAUGGGCCUGUCUGCAGACUGACCGAUUCGUUUCUCUAAGCGUUUUGUGUGUGUUCGGUCGGGUAGUGGAGGCAAAAUGUUAGGCGUUGUUGAUAAACUCUGAUAAAAACUAUAUUUGGCAUCGGUCAACAGGUACCUUCUGUCUUAAUUUCAAAAAGGAGGCUAUUUGUUAAUUCAGCCGUUAUGUUUUGUUUGUACUUUACGCCUGUCUAGCUGGCCUAAAACCCCACACGGCGGAUGAAAUCGAUGUGACUCGAAUAUCACCCAAACUUAAUGAACUGCGGCCCGAGAGAACUGAGAGGAAAAAGGUGUCUGGAGUUGGACAAGUCUCGUUUGAUGACUAUCAUGCCAUGUGGAGUGGAAUUGCAACAACAAAACCAGUGUCUGAUGCGUUUAAUCCGCUGAGUGAGGUGUUGAAAGCUGAUUCAAAGUUACAAGCUACACACUUUGGAUUACCACAACAAGAGCUUCAGGAAGAAAUACAUAAACAGCUUAGUGAACAUAACGCUAUUAUGUACGGCAAAUUCGACAGUGGAAAAACAGGGCAGGAUCUAGCCGAGCUCAAGUCCACCAAAAUUCAGCUACUUAAGCAGAUUUAUCUUCCGAAACAGCAAGGUGAAGCUAGAGUCUUUACGUUCUUGUCAAUGUACAGGUGUAUGCACUGUCAUGCAUCUCUAGUAUCUUUUACAGUACCGCUCAAAAGUAAGUUACCGUACUGCAGUCGAUUCUUGAUUCCUGUAUGAAUCGAUGACCGAGCUGUAACAGUCACUGUACAAAUCAAGCUUGAUAUUUGAAGACACAUUUCGAAAAACUUCAAUUCUACAUUUGUAACAAAUAAAUCCGCUCGGGCGACACUAGUGUUGCUGGGUGUCAAUGUAAAGUUGCCAAGAAAUCAGUCAGGGGUGAAUCUUUUGUCCUCUCUGUCUCCCGAAACUCGUUCUUGACUCGAUUCUCGAUUCUCAACUCUCGUAGGAAUCGAGAGUCAUGUAAAGAAUCGAGACUUGCAACAGACUGCUAACUUACCUUGAAGCGGUACUUUAAGUACUUGUGAACGUUAUUGAAAUAUUGUUAAUAUUGUGUAAGCUAUAUUUCUUUAGGGACGGAUCAUUAGAAAACUUAUGGGGGGGCGGGGGGGCGGGCGAAGUACAAAAAAAUAUUCGCGCAAGGGAAAAUUAAACGGAAAAAAAUUCAUGCAAGCCUAUUAACCCUAAGAAAUAUUCAUGCUAUGGCGUAAAAAAAUCAUACAAGGAAUUUGAUACAAAAAAAUUCCUGCAGCUCGAAAAUUCCCCUUCCCCCCCCCCCCAUAACUUUUUUGAUGGUCCGUCCCUUAGUAGAGGUAUCAUAUUAUUGGGCGUGUGACUAUGUUGGAGUGCUGCCUGUCAAGGGAUUACUACUCACCUCCUGUUACAAUGUUACCCUGUAGUGUUGCGGAUUUCUAGGGUUAAAAAGUGCUUUAUUAUUUUAAAAACGUUCCGUGAUGUACAAUGUCGUUCUCUCGUUUAUCAAGUAUGAAUUAUCUACCACUAACCUCUGGGUUACUCCAAAGGAGGCUGCCUCUACCUCGCAAAAACGUGUUUAUUUCAUGCAGAUUCCUCAAAAGUUCCUGGCACUAAAAGCGAAUGUCAGGCAUUGAAGUUACUUGCAACCAAAGUUGUCGAGAAAGGGGAUACCCAUUGCCUCCUGCAGUGUGGUUCCAACUAUCAAUCAUCAAGCCAAAAUUUGAGAUGAAUAUGCAGAAUAUUAUCACUAGCGACGGACGAGUGACACCUACCUGAAAAGAAUUAAUUGUGCUGCUUUUCUACAAGAAUGGACCUUAUUCGGAAUGCCGGCUCAUUUUUAGACUGCAAAGCAGUAGGUUUUUUUUCUCAAAAUCAGUAAAGAAAUCGGUAAAACGUGCCGUAAGAGUCUUGCGUGCGCCGAGCGCGCGAGCCUCACACGCCCGUACGGUUCACAGCGGUCAAACGAGUGAAAUUUGCAAAAGUUAAGCGAAAUACUUCAAAGUUAAGUUUGCUACUUUCACUAUCGAAAAUUUAGGGUAUUAACAACAUCCUGUUAGUUUACUAAACUUUUUAAAAGUUUACUAAAAAAGUUCUAAGUGAUUGAAAACCGAUGCUGACGUUAUUAUCGGCGCCAUUUUCAAACAUGAUUCUCUCUUAGCGCGAAGCGUUUUCAGCGAAAAAAGCUCAAAUUUUUGAGAAAAAUGGAAAGAUAGUUAUGUUGAUUAACUGAUUUAUACAUCUUUGCCCAUUUUUCUCUAACUGGUAAAUGAAAUCCCAGCAAUAAAAAACAAAAAUAACGAUUUAGACGUUUGACCGCGGUGGUCCCGUAGGGUGUGUGAGGCGAGGGAAAAAACAAGCGUCUCUCCCCAGGUCUCGCUCUCUGUUUUCAGCCUCGUUCCAGACCUUUUGUUUGACUGCUCGCGCGUACAUGAAUACGCAAAAAUACGGACUGUUUUGCAGUCUAGCUUAUUUUCUGAUCAUAAUUUUAUUAACUGCUUCUGUUCGAUUGGCUUGCAAACGACCACCGCAGGCAAUUGCUUGGCUAAUAUCAUAGGUGACGAAUUACUCCUUAAUUUUGGCGCGAGAUUUUUAUAGGAUAGCAUGAUUUGUAGUGAUUUUUGGCAUAAAUACCACGAGAGAUAUUUCAAACUUGUUAUACGAAAUUUCACGAGCCGUUAGGCGAGUGAAAUUUGAGACAAUUUUGAAAUAUCACAAGUGGUAUUUAUGCCAAAUAUCAAGUACAAAUCAUGCUAUUAUUUGUUUAUACUACUACCCGCAAAAGGCUUGUAAUUUUCACAUGUAGGUUUUUCAAAUUAAGCUGAAAUACCACUACUCUAAGCCAAUCAAAUUGCAGAAAUUUUUCAUGUAGUAGUAUAACACCUAUACUAAUUUGUAAUUUCACUUGUGAAAUUAAAAAAAAUUGCAAUGGCAACCUUCCGUACGUCUCAGUGUUAAGAUGGCAAGGAAGUUUUAAAAUGCCGUAAAUGAACAUGUUAGGGCACAAAAACAAGCUUCGGAAAACCUCAACACACGAAAGAGCACAUCAAGAAGGAUUCCAACAGGUAUUUUGUCGAAAAAUUUUGAAAAUUCUGAACUUAAGCCAAAUUUAAGGUUUAAACAUUUGAGAGAGUGGAGUUCUUAUCUCGAUCGAUACGAUCCAGGAUAAACAUGUCAAAAAUUCACGACUGCUAACUUAAUUCGUCACCCACGAUACUAAUAGGUAAUCAUAAAGGCUCGAAAAGUUAUUAGGAUUUGGACAAAACGCGCGUGAAAUUAUUUCCUUAUUUCACUCGUUACCAUUGGAUUACACAUACAAACUCGCCGGUUUCAAAAUUUCUCUACUAGGGAAAGAUCUUGCUCUUGUAUCUUUUUGUUUACAGUUGGUCAUAAUUCAGGGUCUCCACUUAUCUUUGUUUUGCUUAGUACGGUUGAUGUUGUAGUCCCUUUUUGCUUUGCUUCUCCCGCCCUUUAUUGAUCAGUUUUAUCGCCGACCCAUAUAGCGGACUUCCUGGGUUUAUGAUUAGCGAUUUUCUCUAAUGAAUGCACUUUUCGCAAAAACGCACUUUAGCAAUUCACAGUGUGUUUACUUCCCUUACUGAAGACAAGUCUGUUAUUUCUACGAGUUCAUCGGAGCCAUCAGGGUUUAUUUUGCCAACUGCAAAUGUUGCACCCAUAAUUGCGAUGAUCUUUACAUUUAAAACAUGCUUCAGGCAGAAAUUCUGAUUUUCUUUAAAACUAAGAAACCAAAAGUCGGUGAUGUUGCCUCAAAGUUAAGUGACUCUGCUCUAUCCUGCAUCAAGUCGGUCUUGUAUUGAGUCGAGCAAUGACAGUUCAGCAAUUAACUUAAGGUACCCGUUUUGGGGAGAGAUUUAUUGUGCGGUCUCUGUUGUGCUCAGAUCGUUUACUAUUGUUGUUGUUGUGUUUUCCUUCAUUUUUUUUCGCCUGAUCUUUCUGGCGUUACUUUGCAGGCCUGUCAAGUGUAGAUUCCCCGACACCAAGAACAAUUACCAAUGCGCCCUCACCGUCAACUACAAUCGCGAGAGAUUUGGAACCCCAUGAUCGCGAAGUGGAAGAGUUAUUAGCGUGGACAAAUACCCUGCCUUAGCUACAGCAGUUGUGAACUUUACAUUGUAACUAGUUAGACAACAUUUUGUACGCGCGCGUACAGCUGAACACACGUUUCAGUCAAUUGCCUUGGUUGAGGCUAUGAACGCACUCACGCCACCCACAGAAAGACCGUAAAAACUUCACUUGUAGUGAUGUUUCUUCUGGCAGGCGCACAAGCAACUCAGAAAGAGCAACAAAAUGUAAAGUAUUUUAAAAUACGUUGUGGUUAUCACUCACAAUGCACCGUACUUGGAAUUGCAAUGUAUUUACCAUACAGCGAUAGAUGCAAAUUGUAAUAUAUAUGUAUUUUUGUCUCCAGUCAAGUGUAGAUAAGAGAAGAUUAUUUUAAGUAGAACAAUUUUACUAACUCAACAUUCGAAGGCUACAGCGCUGCGGUUGAAUUUUUCUCCAAUGUACUCAGUCGUGGAAAGUAAAUUUGUAGCCACUCAAAUACAGCGGUAAAUAAUGUCAAAAAUCUGUCAAAAAUGUGACUUUUAUUUUUAAUUGGCGGUGGUCGUGAAACAGAAAGGUCAUUCUCUUUUAAAAUAAUUAACCAGCCUUUGAGUUCAGUGAAAUCGCGAGAAACUGUUAUUUUGUUGAUAGCGUUCGGCCAUGUUUGCUAAACAGCAUGUUAUGGUCUUCAAUAGUUUUCUGUUUCGAGCACCUGUAACAAUUCCACUUUUUCCAUUGAGCAAAUUGGCAUUACCCCUACCUUCAAUUUUGGAUAAAGCAGAA